AUGGAUUCACAGUGCACACCCGGAAAGAUCAGUAUUUCUGAAAGGUGCAUCCUUCCAGGAGCAAAGGCUGUUGAGAACGUGGAUUACCCGCACUACUGCGAUCUCUUAAGAAAAAUGAACAUGCCUUUUGUGAAAGGCGUCGAGGACAGACAUGACCAUGGCAGAAUUGAAAAGAAAUGCAAUCCUACUUUUCUUAAGUUUCACCCUUAUCCCCCUUCAGUCAUUCCAGACUAUCAUUUACACUAUCCUUAUCCCCCGCCAUAUGGGCAAGAUUAUCCACUAUUUCCACUUCGGGAUGAUGUGCCCUUGGGUGAUCCCUGUUCAGGGUUUUUGAGUCCUGGUGGUGAUGCUGAUUUAAAACCUGGCAUUGGCAGAACCAUACCAAACCUGGUGGAUUUCAGUGACGUGAAACCGCAGCAUCGAGUUCCCAGGCCAGACACAGGAUUUCAAACAACACUGAAAAGGCAAACAAUUUUAUUAGAAGAACUAAAACAAGACAGGAGAUGGGAUUCCAGGGCAACACCGGACAUUUCCAUCAGAGCAAGACUUGGAGGUUGGACAAGCCCACUGAAAGUUACUCCUUUACCACCUCGUCACGAAGCGUGCUCAAUAAAUCACACAUAUGUAUUUGUUGAAGAACCAACAUGCACGGAGGAUGGAGAAUCACUUUUACAGCCAAACAGGAAAUAUAACGCGAAGGACUCAUUUUACAAGUCCUCGACACAAAAAGCUUAUGAAGUUGUUCCUUGGGAUAAGAUGCUACCACCGAAACUCGAUCCAGAAGAAACAACAGUGGAAAAAGCUGCUGACCCGAUUUCACAGUGCUUUACAUGGAAAAGAUAUGAAGGGGUACCAGCAAUAACCCAGAUGGUUGGUGGACUCUGGGACAGAUUUCAAACAAGAUCUUUCUUGGCACCCAUCAAGCCAGUGACUUUUGUGAGUCCAAGUUCCAGAAGCAAAUACAUCCCUCUUUAUACGGGUUGUGUGCAGUCUACAAAUGCCGAUGAUGUUGACAACCCCUUUGGAGACAUCACAUCUCUCACCAAGCCUCGGGGCUCCAGGAUUCUUUAUACAAACACAAGUCGCUCUGCCAAUAUUCCAGGAUACACCGGUAAGGUUCAUUUCACAGCCAGCCACCCAGCAAAUUCUGAUAUUCCAUCAACGGCCCCAUCGCCAGACUCAGAAGUGUACCGCUUUGCACACACACGACCCUCCUGCAUCGACACCGGAACACGCCUGGGUGCAUGGAACACACCCCAUGAGAUGCACGUUCGCUUCCCCCGAAUCGCCACCUUCUGUUUCAGAAGAGACAACAUUCUGUUGAAAGUCGACAUACGGUUUUAA